GCGCUCAUUAGGCAGGCAGUCAGUCUCCCGCAGUGUGAAGUGAAAGCGGUUGUUGCAACAUGGCGAGGGAACAGCUCUGUAAGCUAUUUGUUGGCGGGCUCAGCUUUGAAACGGUAGAAGGGAACCUGCGGAACCAUUUUGAGAAGUGGGGCAAGCUAACUGACUGUGUUGUCGUACAAGAUACGAUCACCCGGCGCCCCCGAGGCUUCGGCUUUGUCACAUAUUCUUCGCCGAGCGAGGCGGAUGCUGCAAUGGCUGCUAGGCCUCAUGUCUUAGAUGGCCGCACGGUGGAUCUGAAACGAGCUGUGCCAAGGGAAGACUCCAACAAACCUGGCUUCAACAUGAAGGUAAAGAAGAUCUUUGUUGGCGGUAUAAAAGAGAACCUUGGCGAGAAUGAUUUACAAAGCUACUUCUCAGACUAUGGUAUGAUUGAGAAAGUAGAUGUGAUCUGUGACCGAGAGACUGGCAAGAAAAGAGGCUUUGCCUUUGUGUACUUCGAUGACCAUGAUUCUGUUGAUAAAGCGGUUAUACAGAAGUACCACAUGAUUAAUGGCUACCGGUGUGAAGUCAAGAAAGGUUUGUCGAAGGAGGAGAUGCAGAGCGCAACUAGACCUCGAGGCCGAGCUGGCAACUUUAGCCAGAGAAACGGUCGGAGUAAUGGCAAUUUUGGAAACGCGGCCGGGUAUGGCGGCGGCGGAGGCGGCUACUACAAUGAUAGAGGAAAUCGAGGCGACGUCUAUGGUGGUUAUGGUGAUGGGGGGUAUCCUCGGCGUGACCGUUCUUUUUCGGGCGGCAGCUAUGGUGAUCGAAUUCGGGAUUAUGGCUUUGGGAGCUAUGGUGGAGGAGAAAGAGGAUACAAUAACGAAAAUUUCGAUGACAUGUAUGACAACUUUGGGAGUUAUUCCCCUGAGCAGUCCAACUAUGGUCCGAUGAGAGGAGGGGGUGGUAUGGAAAAAUACGCUGGACCCUACAGGGGAGAUUACGGUGUUAGCAAUAGAAGCAGAAACAGAGAUUAUGGAGGAUAUGCCUUUUAAUAUGCGCAUGAAUUUAAUGUGUAAGGGGGAGUAUUUGAUUUGUACACAAAUGGCUGAAACUAAAAGUGAAUUGUGUGUAAACUGUGUAAGGGGGACGUAUUUGAUAUGUACACAUGUAGCUCCAAAGCUGCAUAAUGUAUUCAACUAAUCAAGGAUAAUUGUAUACUUUUUCACAAUAAAAAAUUGAGUUUACAGUC